GUGGCUUCACGGUGGACAUGAGGAGCAGAGACGCUCCGAGAGACAGCAGCUUCAUCACAGGAGCAUGAGGAGGAGGAACCGAGAGAAGAGGAGGAGAACACGUUGAUCGGCCUCUCUGAAGCUCCUCCCUAAAAACCUCCUCUCUGCUCGACGCGCAAACAUUUUUCCACCUGGUCACACGUCCUGCAACCAGCAUGCCAAUCAUCAGCAACGCCAACCACGACUUCAGCACCUACUCCAUCAGCAGCGACGACAGCAGCCUCGACCGCUUCUUCACUGAGAUCCCGGAGACCGAGACCAUCAAGGGCGUCUACUUUCAGCGAGCGCAGCUGCUUCGUGACCCCAAGGCCUCGUAUGUGGUCGACCACACUCUGCAGGUCCUCAUCAAUGUCGGGGGCAACCGCUACACCUUCCCCUGGAGCACCUUGGAGCAGUUUCCCCAGAGUCGCCUGGGACGCCUUCGCUUCUGCACCACCCCUGAGGAGAUCGCACGACUCUGCGACGACUACGACGAGACGUGCCGGGAGUAUUUCUUUGACCGGAACCCGACAGCCUUCAGGGUCAUCCUCAACUUCCUGGCGGCAGGCAAACUGCGCUUGCUUCGGGAACUGUGCGCCGUGUCCCUGCACGACGAGCUCGCCUACUGGGGCGUGGACCCGGGUCAUAUGGAGCGAUGCUGCCGUCGCCGCAUGAUCACCCGGGUAGAAGACGUGGUGGAGAGAGAACGUAAGGAGGAGGAGUGGAGGCAGAAGAGGAUGAUGCUGAAGAAAAGCACCACAGAGGCUGAGAAGGGCCAUGGCAGACUGAUCGGGAUCCUGAGGGAGGUGGUGGAGAACCCUCACUCAGGACUGGCUGGGAAGAUGUUCGCCUGCCUCUCCGUCAUCAUGGUGCUGGUCACCGUCAUCAGCCUCUGCAUCAGCACCAUGCCGGACCUCAGAGACGAAGAGACCAGGGUGAGUAUGGAACUGUUUACGUCCUUGUCAAGUCAUCAGCUCAUGUUUCACAUCAGAGCAUCGAACCCGAAAGAAGCUUCUAGUGAAACCAUCGACUGUAAAUAA